UGGAUGCAAGAUUUUUUCGUUCAAUUCAUUCUAGCACCACCACUUAUCUUUCAUUCUCUGAUGCAAGAUUCUUCGCUCCAUUCAUUCUAGCACCACCACCAUCUAUCUUUCAUUCUUCGUUCAAUUCGUUCUAGCACUACAACCACCACUACCACAUCCUAUCUUUCUUUCUCCUUCUCUUCCUAAUGCAAGAAAUCAAGCAAGCACUCACAACAGCAAUGAAAUAGAUAUAUAUAUAUAUAUAUAUUUUGUUCAUAACAUUCUCUAGUGAGACGUCUGUUAGGAGAAAUGAAUAUCAACUGGGUCGGGUCGGGUCUGGCUACAAGACCCUCGUCUUUCAUGUCCUCCUAUUCCUCUUUUCUCCUUUCCGCCACCAUCUUCAUUCUGAUAUUAUCUUCCUCAACAAUAAUCGCGGAUCCCCGAACGGUACUCGUCUCAAAGUUCUGCAAUAAGGAUUUCCUUCAGGACAGCGCCAAAUACGUCCGUAGCUUCCAGAAGCUCCUGGAUCCUAUGCGAGAAAAAAUGAAAGGCAACGGCUUUGCCACAGGAGAGGACGGCGACGCUCCCAACCGUAUUUACGUACUCGCUCAGUGUAUGGGAGAUCUCUCCGAAGAUGAUUGCGCCACCUGUUUUAUCGAGACCAGUGCGCAUCUGCCCGGCUGUUUUCCCCACACCGGCGGCCGCGUCUACCUCGACGGUUGCUUCAUGCGCUUCGAUAAUUACAGUUUUUUUCAGGAAACAACAAGUCCGCAAGAUGUGCAGAUAUGCAGUGAAGAUGUUAGCUCGGAGCAAUAUGUUAAUGCAACAAAUCUUUUAGUUUCUGGACUAGUGGAGAUGGCACCGUCUAAGGAGGGGUAUGAUGCGGAAAAUACACCACCUGGAAUUAUAAAGGUCUAUGGCAUGGCUAAUUGUUGGAAUACAUUAAGCAAGGAUCAGUGCGCCAAAUGUCUAAGUAACGCAAGCUAUUCUGUCUUAAGCUGCCUGCCAUCAGCGGAUGGUCGUGCCCUUAAUGCUGGUUGCUUUCUCCGUUAUUCCAGCUACCAAUUUGCUAACAAGUCCGUUAACAAUCAAGGUCAUUUCCUUAAAUUCCUUGCAUAUAUUCUUGGAGGUGUUGGGUUCUGCUUGUUGGCAAUUAUCCUGGGAAUCCAUAUUGGCAAAACCAUUUACAGGAGACGACAAGAACGUCUCUAUGAGAAAGAAGUGAUGAACGUCAACUCAUCGGAAUCACUGAGGAGCUUGAGGUUCAAGUACUCAACACUACAGAAGGCAACCGAAGACUUCAGUCCUGAACAUAAGAUUGGACAAGGUGGAUAUGGAGAAGUAUUCAGGGGCGUUUUUCCUGAUGGUAGAGAAAUUGCAAUCAAGCGGCUGUUUGCAAGUAGCAAACACAAUGCUGAAGAAAUUCGAAAUGAAAUGGAUAUUAUAAGUCAAUCUCACCACAGGAAUUUGGUUCGAUUCCUAGGCUUUUGCUUUGCUGAUGACAACCUGCUAGUCUAUGAAUUCCUUGCUAAUAAGAGCCUCGACCAAAUGUUAUUUGAUCCAGAGAAGAAAAAAGAACUAGACUGGAAGAGGAGACUUGGGAUAAUAAAGGGAACAGCAGAAGGUUUGGAGUACCUUCACAAAGAUUGUCAAGUGAAGAUUAUUCAUAGAGAUAUAAAAGCGAGCAACAUCUUGUUAGACUUGAAAUGCAGGCCCAAGAUCUCAGAUUUUGGCCUAGCAAGGUUCAACGACACCACCAAUCAAGGGGAAAAGGAAAGGAAAGGGGGGGAGGAAACAAUAACAGCAGAUCAAGAGACCAUUGCUGCUGGGACGUUAGGGUAUAUGGCUCCAGAGUGCCUUGCUGGGGGUGCGCUAACUGACAAGGUAGACGUUUACAGCUAUGGAGUGGUUGUACUUGAGAUUGUAUGUGGAGUUAAGAAUAGCGACUAUUAUCAAUCCGAUUAUUAUAACCCAUUGUGCACUCUUGUUACCUCUGCGUGGAAGCAUUUUCAAGAAAACAGAGUGGUAGAAAUGAUAGACAAAAGCAUGGAGAUAGUGGAAGAGUCUCCAGAAAAGGAGGAAGUUGUAAGAGUUGUCCAGAUGGGCUUAUUGUGUACCCAAGAGUCUCCUUCUCAACGCCCAAGCAUGACUAAUGUCGUUCAAAUGCUUAGGCAAAGGGAGAUGGAAUUGCCUACUCCAUCAAGGCCUCCUUUCCUUGAAGAAGAUGAUGAAGAUCCUGAUCCAGAACAUCAAGAAGAAGUAGAAAAGAACUCCACAGAGACUGACUAUUUAUCUCUACCUUCUUCUAAUUCUUCUUCUUCUAACCCACAAUUAUUAUUAGUACAACAGCACUCCCAUUCUAUUUCUGUUGAUUCCUCCUCUAAAUACUUUGACGCACAUAUUAAUAAUGCUGGUGCUUUGAGAUGACAUCCCCACUCUUUUCCCUUUCAUUUUUCCAACUUCAUUUUGCUUUUA